AUGUUCGAACGAUUAUGCGGAUGCUGUAGCCGUAGCGCUUCUUCCAAGCGACGACUACGAGCCAAUGAUCGUAUCUUCAAUUCUCAGUUCAAAUAUGCGGGUAACUACAUUAAAACGUCCAAGUACAAUGUUAUAACAUUCAUUCCGCAGAACUUAUUUGAGCAAUUCCAACGGAUAGCAAAUUUCUAUUUCUUAGUAUUAAUGAUAUUACAGUUUAUACCUCAAAUAUCCUCCAUAUCAUGGUAUUCAACAGCCAUUCCACUAUUUAUUGUUCUAUCUUUUAGUGCUGUCAAAGAUGGUUAUGAUGACUUACAACGGCAUAUCUCCGAUCGGAAUGUGAACUGUCGAAAGUCAUUUGUGGUACAGAAUGGCCAUCUGAACGAAGAGGAAUGGGCGAAGGUCAGAGUGGGCGAUGUGAUCCGAAUGAUGAGCAAUCAGUUCGUCGCUGCUGAUCUGUUGCUGCUUUCGACAUCCGAGCCUCAUGGUAUUUGCUACAUUGAGACGAAGGAGUUGGACGGAGAGACAAAUCUGAAAACGAGAGGAGCCGUAGCUGAAACUGCUGAAAUGGGAGACAACCUUGAUGCCAUUAGCAAGUUCGACGGAGAGAUCAUCUGUGAAGCACCGAAUAACAGGUUGGACAAGUUCAAUGGGAAGCUGUUGUGGCAGGGUAGGGAACUUCCUAUCAACAACGACAAUAUUCUUUUGAGAGGCUGCAUUCUGAGAAACACCCGAUGGUGCUAUGGCUUGGUGAUAUUUGCCGGGAAAGACACGAAGCUGAUGAUGAACUCGGGAAAGUCAAAAUUCAAGCGGACCAGUCUCGAUCGGUUCCUGAACAUACUCAUCAUGGGCAUCGUGUUAUUUCUGAUAGCGAUGUGUCUGAUUUGUACGAUUCUGUGCGGUGUAUGGGAGUGGACGACGGGACGAUGGUUCACCAUCUACCUCCCAUGGGAUGAUAUUGUACCGAAUAGACAACAACAUGGUUCUCAACAAAUCGCGGUCAUUUCGUUCCUGAUGUUCUUUUCUUAUGUGAUCUUACUGAACACCGUAGUGCCGAUAUCGCUUUACGUUAGUGUGGAGAUUAUUCGCUUCAUCCAUUCGCUCUGGAUCAACUACGAUCAGGAGAUGUACUAUGAGAAUGGCGAAAAUAGCGUACCAGCACGGGCACACACUACCACACUGAACGAGGAACUCGGACAGGUGCAGUACGUGUUCAGUGACAAGACCGGAACCCUCACCAGAAACAUCAUGACGUUCAACAAGUGCACCAUCAACGGCAUCUGCUAUGGCGACAUUAUUGAUGCUCGUGGUGAAAUAGUCGAAAUUACGCCUAAGACUAAAUCGGUUGAUUUUUCGUGGAAUUCCUACUACGAGCCAACGUUCAUGUUUUACGACCAAAAAUUGCUGGAUGACACGAGAAAAGGUGUGCCUGAAGUUACUGAAUUCUGGCGACUGUUGGCGCUGUGCCAUACGGUGAUGCCGGAGCAGGACAAGGGACGGCUGGUCUAUCAAGCUCAGUCACCGGACGAAGCCGCGCUAACGUCAGCCGCUCGCAACUUCGGGUACGUCUUCCGGGGCCGCACUCCGCAGUCGAUCACCAUCGAAGUGAUGGGCAAGCAAGAGGUGUACGAGUUGCUAUGCAUCCUCGAUUUCAAUAAUGAUCGUAAACGUAUGUCAGUAAUAACGAGGAGUCCUCAAGGUAAAAUACGCCUCUACUGCAAAGGAGCCGACAUGAUGAUAAUGCAGAGAUUGAAAUCAUCCACGUCACCAUUGCUGAUCAGCUCCACCAAUACUCACCUUGCCGAGUUCGCCAACAUCGGACUACGAACUCUUUGCUUGGCCUACAAGGAUAUCGAACCAGCUUAUUUUGAAGAUUGGAUCAAUCGCCAACAUGAGGCAGCUGUUGAUAUGUACAACCGUGAGAAGAAACUUGAAGCCGUGUACGAAGAGAUGGAAAGAGAUAUGACUCUCAUUGGUGGGACCGCCAUCGAGGACAAACUUCAGGACGGCGUUCCAGAAGCGAUAGCUCGACUAGCCGAGGCGAAUAUAAAAAUCUGGGUGCUCACUGGAGAUAAAACGGAAACUGCAAUCAAUAUCGCCUACUCGUGCAGACUAUUGACAGAUGACAUGAAAGAGAUCGUCGUCAUCGAUGGUCAGACUCAUAGUGAGGUUGAAGUUCAACUGAAAGACACCAAAACCACCUUCGAUCGCAUUAUGAACCACCAAAGCCCUAUGACGCCCGCAGAAAAGCCUCGGUUCGAGAUUGAGACCAUUCACGACGACGGUCAUGAGUGUCGCUCUAUGGACAUUAAACAAUCACUACUUUCUUCAGAAGGCGACGGUGGAGUGGCUCUGGUGAUUAACGGCGAUUCACUAAGCUUCGCUCUUGACGAACGCCUUGAACGUCUCUUCUUGGAGAUUGCUACCAUGUGCAUGGCAGUGAUUUGUUGUCGGGUGACGCCACUACAGAAGGCACAAGUGGUGGAUCUGGUGAAGAGAAACAAAAAGGCGGUGACGUUGUCGAUUGGCGACGGCGCCAAUGAUGUCUCAAUGAUUAAAACUGCUCAUAUCGGUGUAGGAAUAUCAGGCCAAGAAGGAAUGCAAGCAGUGCUGGCAUCCGACUAUUCGAUAGGGCAGUUCAGAUAUCUCGAACGAUUACUGCUUGUUCAUGGAAGGUGGUCUUACUUUCGAAUGGCGAAGUUUUUGAGGUAUUUCUUUUACAAGAACUUUGCGUUCACCCUGACAAACUUCUGGUAUUCAUUCUUCUGCGGAUACUCGGCACAGACGGUCUUCGACGCAGUGUUCAUUGCUUGCUAUAACCUCUUCUUCACCGCAUUACCUGUGCUGGCAAUGGGUGCCCUCGAUCAGGACGUUGACGACACGUACAGCUUGCGGUAUCCAAAGCUUUAUUUGCCCGGUCAAUUCAAUCUUUUCUUCAAUAUGCGAAUUUUCAUCUAUUCUGUUCUACAUGGUAUGUUCAGCUCGUUGGUUAUUUUCUUCAUUCCAUAUGGAACCCUCCUGAAUGGUGCGGCUUACAACGGCAAGGAUUUGGACGGCUAUUCGACGCUAGCGUUCACCACUUUCACAGCGCUGAUCGUCGUCGUCACGGGACAGAUUGCCUUUGACACUGUCUACUGGACUGCAAUCAACCAUUUUGUUAUUUGGGGAUCGCUCAUUUUCUACUUCCUACUCGCUAUUCUCAUUUAUGAAGCUCUCCCCUUGACGUUGCUUGCGAAGACCUCAUCGGCCGUCUCCUAUGGCGUAGUCUUCAAGACAAUGUCCACCCCUCAAUUCUGGUUUUCCAUACUUAUGGUGACGGUGAUUCUCCUGCUGCCGGUGUUGUUGAACCGGUUCUUCUGGUUUGAUACUCAUCCAUCCUUCGCAGAUCGCCUUCGUGUACGAAAGAAGCUCAGCAAGAAGAUUCCAAUGCCCAAGGAACAGGAAGAAAUGCCGGCGUUCAAGCGGUCUGCUGCGACGCGACGAAGUGUGCGUGGCUCAUUGCGUUCCGGCUACGCAUUCUCCCAUUCGCAAGGCUUUGGUGAACUCAUUCUCAAAGGGAAGCUCUUCAAAAACGUCGAGCAGUUACGAGCUAAACACAACGGGUACUGA